AUGCAGGCCAAUGAACACCCCGUCAACUUCGUCCGCCGCGUCUUCUCUCUCGUCUUCGAGGGCGACUCGCUCUCCAAAGCUGUGCGUGGCGUCCGAGACUUCUUCGCGUUCGAUUUCGUUCUUGACUCUGAUGGGCGCAGCCUCAACCGAUCUGACUUCGAGGCGACGCUCCUGGCCCAGCGAUCACGGAACCCGAAGUACCCGCCGCGCUUCCCGGUCGAGGACGCAAAGGUGAGCUGGAAGGUGCCCUGGCCAGAGUACUCGCCGGUGCCCUUCGUGGCCCCCUCGGUGCUCGCGGCCGAGCGGAGCGACGCCAACCCGAACGGCUGGGCCGACAGCCCGCGGCCGAACCUCGCGGAGCUCAAGCACCGCCUCUCGUGCGAGGGCCCCCUCUUCUUCGACGCGGACCAGCGGCCAGUCAACCCGCGCGGCCGCACCGGCGUGUGCGGGCGGGGCAUGCUCGGCAAGUGGGGGCCCAACCGGGCCGCCGACCCGAUCGUGACGCGCUGGAAGCCCGGCGACAAGCGGAAGCUGCAGAUUGUCGCCAUCCAGCGCGGCGACACGGGCGUCUGGGCGCUGCCGGGCGGGAUGGUGGACGCGGGCGAGGUUGUGUCGGUGACGGUGCGGCGCGAGUUCGCCGAGGAGGCGGGCAACAUGGCCUCCGACGCCGAGCGCGCCGCCUUCAACGCGGCCGUGGUGUACCGCGGCUACGUCGACGACCCGCGCAACACGGACAACGCGUGGAUGGAGACGACGGCGUUCCACUUCCACUGCACGGCCGACCUCGCCGUCCAGCUGCCGCUCCGCGCGGGCGACGACGCGCACAACGUGACCUGGCUCGACGUCGACGACGCCGAGCCGCGCUACGCCGCGCUGUACGCCUCGCACAAGGACUGGGUGGACCGGGUGGCGUGCGAGCUCUCCGCCAGCGGCCUCGCCGCCGCCGCCGCGUGCGAGCAGGCGGCGGCGGCGGAGGUGAUGGGCGAGGAGGCUGCUGCGGAGGCGGGUGUCGCGGCCUCGCUCGACGCACUCAGCCGGAGCAGCACCUUCGAGAGGGAGCUAGACGAGCAGGCGGAGGCGGAGGCGGCGCGCGGGCCGCUGCUCGGCCUCGCCCUCCGGAGGUGCAAGAGCUCGCCGACGCCGGGCGUUGCUGCGGUCGUGCCGCUGGGGCUCGAGGAGGCGCUCCGGAGCCGAGACUUUAUUCACAUCUCAGCACCGUGCGGGGCGGCCGUGCGGCUGUGA